AUUAGCUCUACCGUUGUAAAUAAAGCGCACCCAACAUGUCAGCCUCCAGUGGAAUGUUUGUUGAUCCAGACAAAAAACCUUGUCGAACAUGUGUAGACGUUGAAACUUGGUUCAAGGGGACAGGAGGGACAGAAAAGGAAGGGGGUCCAAGAAGGAGAAGAAAACCUGUAACCAAGGAAUGUCCAUUAUAUGGAGAUGAAUUGGGAAGGAACACCUGGUCAUUCCUGCAUACUACAGCUGCUUUAUACCCAGAUAAUCCAACAACAGAACAACAAUCUGACAUGAAACAAUUCAUACAUCUCUUCUCUAAAUUUUAUCCCUGUGAAUAUUGUGCUGAAGAUUUGAGAGAUAAUUUGAAGACAAAUACUCCAGAUACCUCAAAUCAACUCAAUUUCUCCCAAUGGUUGUGUAGGUUACAUAAUGAUGUAAACAAAAAGUUAGGAAAGCCAAUUUUCGAUUGCAGUAAAGUAAAUGAACGAUGGAGAGAUGGUUGGAAAGAUGGAAGUUGUGAUUGAUGAAAGUCUAGUUUAGAUUCCAAGCCAUCUGUGAUUCAUUUACUGUUUUUAUAUAUGUAGAUUUUCUUAUUAAAUACAAAUGAAGUUGAUAACUGGCUUCAUGAAAUUGUUAUACUGUAGAAUGUAGAUGCACUUAUAUACAUGCACACCAAUUUUCAUGGGUGGAGGAAAAAUUGUAUUUUGGUGUAUACAAUGUUUUUGUGGUUUUGACAAAUUCUACAAAAUAGUAAAUUUGUAUUUUGUUUAACACUUAUUUAAGUAUGACAAGUAUUUGAAAUAUGUUGUUUCUACAGUGCAGAUUGAUAACUUCACUGAAAAUUUUAUGAACUGUAUAUGUGCUAUAAUUCAGAUCUGCGUGUAUAUAAGAUAUUUAGUUUAUCCAGAGUUAUUAUAGAAAUGGAAGGGAGAACAUUUUGUCAAACCAUCUCAUCAGUUUCAACCCAUUUGUAUGGUUUAUUUUCUUAUUUUUCUUAAUCGUAACACAGAAAUAUAGAAAUUUUUGUUUACUUGUG